UGGGACAUGAAGAUUGAUAUGACAAAUGUGUACACAUCACAUUGAGGAUGCACAUGUCGAAUAAAUUCAUGUUGUACGGCGGUGAUGGGGCUUUUGCUGAUAGGCAAAAGAAAUUGUUUGAUCAGUUGUCAAUUGCUGAAAAAGAAUGCAACAGGGGAAGAAAUAUUGAGAAUAGCAUUGUGCCAAUGGAUAUUCAACCUAUAAAUGCAGAUGAACAUCAUCCUCCUCGGAUGGGUAGAAAACGUAAGAGUGAAACAAGGCAGUUUCGUGGUAAGGAAAGCAUCUUCAAAAGGCCAGAAGGCCCGGCACCCUGCAAUAAAUCUCGCAGCAUUCCGGAUCACCACAGAAAUCCUCAUAAAUGGGUGAAGUACAGCUUGGAUGAUGUUUCCAGUGACGAUAUGACUGAUUGUAGCAACGCUAGGACUGCCUUUGCUUUUCUUAAAGAGCUAAAGGCUCGUAAAGCUAAAGAAGACCUGGAAAGUAAGAGGUGCUCAGACUUGUCAAUGGACUGCAGCGAUAAAGAUGACCCUGCUGGUUCCCAAGUCAUAAGCUUCAAAAAACCGAAACAAAUGACGAGCAUUCAAUACCAAAAGCCAGAUAAAUUUGACCGAAGGAAUCGCAAUCCUAGUGAUGCGGCAGUAAUUGUUGAACAUGAGGAAAAGCCAAUGUUUCGUAGUAGUAAGGUUGUUAUGCCAGAAUAUGUUGUUGGUCAGAAACAGAAGAAGAAGGACAAAGAGAAGCGAGCAGCUGUGAAGGUGAAAGUUGAUCGUACCAAGGAAUUGAAAUUAAAACAUUUGCACGAAUUUGAUGAGGAGGAUGAUCAAAUCUGAGAUUAUUUUUGCAAUGAAUUAUAUUUAUACCUAUUGUUUGAUAUCUGUCAAAUUCUUAAAAUAUAAAGAUAUUACCCAAUGUACUAGUUAUAUACUUUCAAUUAGUAAAACUAUUUAGUCUUGAUUUAAGGUAAAAAAAAUUCUUUCAGAGAUUCACAAAAUCAUACUUUCAAUUUUGAA